GUGCGCCGCCGGCUGCCUACCGCUGGCGGCUGGCGGGCCGUCAGUCUGCCGCCGACUGUCCAGGCGCGAGCACCGCCACUCUGCCACUGUGCCCCACGCUCUCCGGACUCUCGCCCAGCCGGCCUCCGCGGGAGCAGCCUCUCGCUCGCCGCCGGAUCCACGCCUCACCAGAGUGUCGCCAGCCGAGUUCUCGCCGAGGUGCAGUGCAGGUCGUGUCGUUCGUGUGUGUUCCGACGUUCGAUCGAUUUCUUAUAUUUCUUUGGCGUCACAUAAGUAUUCAACUACGGUUGCUAGGAGUAUACCCUGUGCUGCGCUGUGGACAGUGCCGAUCAUGUGAUUUUUCUGGCAGGUUUGCGGUGACCAGUGCCGGAGUCAGUGAGGAUGCAGUUGUUGGCGGCCGUGGCUCUGCUGUCACUCCACGUGGCACUGUGCUCGUCACUCGACGUGUCGCAAUGCGUCUGGCCUCUGGGAAUGGAGUCCGGCGCCAUCCCGGACAAAGACGUCACCGCCAGCUCCUCCUUCGACAGCGGAAACGUGGGGCCGCACGUCGCCCGGGUGCGGACGGACCGGAACGGCGGCGCGUGGUGUCCGAAGCGGCAGGUGACGUCGGAGCCGGUGGAGUGGCUGCAGGUGGAGCUGCGCGACGUGCACCUGGUGACCGCCGUCGAGACGCAGGGCCGCUUUGGCAACGGCCAGGGGCGCGAGUUCGCCGAGAACUUCCUGCUCGAGUACUGGCGGCCCGCGCUCAACAAGUGGGUGCGCUACCGGCCCAGCAGCGGCAAAGAGGUGCUCCCAGGCAACACGAACACGUACACCGAGUCGCGGGUGGACCUGGAGCCGGCCGUGUUCGCCUCGCGCGUGCGCUUCCUGCCCUUCAGCCACUACCCCAGGACUGCCUGCAUGCGCGUCGAGCUCUACGGCUGCCGCUACACAGACGGCGUGCUGCGGUACUCGAUGCCGCAGGGCGACAGCGAGGGCCCUGGAGGGCGCGAGCUGCUGGACGCGUGGUACGACGGUCGCUGGGAGGGCCAGGGGAGGCUGCACGGCGGCCUCGGGCUGCUCACCGACGGCAGCGUACGCGCAGACCUGGAGAGCCUCGCCACUGGUUACGGAUGGGUUGGGUGGCGGAAUGACACCCGCGCCGGCCAACCAGUCGACAUCAUCUUCGAAUUCGACAAGGUGCGCGAGUUCACAGGCGUGCACAUCUUCACCGACAACGAGUUCACCAGGAGCGCGGAGGUGUUCGCCGAGGCGCGCCUGCUCUUCAGUGUGACCGGAAGGGAGUUCCCGGGGGAGCCCAUCUCCUUCGUCUACGUGGCCGACCACAUCUUCGAGACCCCGCGCAACGUCUCCAUCAAGCUUCACCACCGCAUCGGACGCUUCGUCAAGCUGCUGCUCUUCCACGCCAGCGAGUGGAUCAGAAUCAGCGAGGUCACCUUCGACUCAGAUGUCGCCCACGGUAAUUUUACCGACGACGACCUGGGCACGUCCGUUGUCCAUCCCGUUCUUGCUGGCUCGACGGACAAACCGAAAACCAAACCAAGUUCCAGUGAACUUCCUGUGACGACGGCGCGCGAGGAGCCGACCAGCUACCUGGCGGCCGUGGUGGGCGUGCUGUCGGCUGUGGCGCUGCUGCUGGCGGCGCUGGUGUACGUGGCCGUGGCGCGCCACCGCCGCCGCAAGGCCUUCCCGUCGCCGCUGCCCUGCAAGGUGUCCGCCGCGGCGGGCGGCGGCGCCGGCUCUGCCGCCGACGAGGCGGCGGCGUUCCGCGGCGACGCGGUCCGCGACUGCGAGGCGCUGCGCGGCACGCUGGACCCGCUGCUGCGACCCGCGCACCGCGACUUCCAGGACUACCAGGAGCCCUUCUACAGUUACAGCAGCGUCAUCGACAAGUGCCUCGCCACGCAGUCUGAGACGUCGCACGAGUACGCGGUGCCGGAGCAGGGAGGGCUGUCGCUGCCGCCGUUCCUAGCGACGCCGCCGCCCGCGCGCAGCGACCGCCACACGCCGGCCGCCUCCUCCACCAGCCGCAGCACCACCUCCACCGCCACCAAGUCGGACAGCUCCGCCAGCAACAAGUCCAGCAACCUGCAGGAUGCGCUGGCGGCGCUCAAGAUGCGGCUACAGCAGGCCACUCUGCCGGAGUUCCCCAGGCACAGGUUGCGCAUGAUCUCCAGGAUAUCCGACGGCGCCUUUGGAACCGUGUACGUGGCGGAGGCCGACGGCAUCGCGGAAUUUGGCGGCGCUCCGACUCUCGGCAAGCGGCUGGUCGCCGUCAAGUCGCUGCCCAUCGGAGCGGCCGAGAAGUCCAGACUGGAUUUCAUGCGGGACGCCCGAAUCCUCUCGGCGCUGGACGAGCCGCACCUGUCGCGGGUGCUCGGCGUCUGCACGCUGGAAGAGCCGAUGGGCGUCGUGCUCGAGUACCUCGACCACGGAGACCUCAGCCUGUUCCUCAGGCAACACCACCACGAAGACGACCCGUACGUCACCGGCGCUAACACCAUAAGUUCAACGUGCCUACUGUACAUAGCCUCGCAAAUAGCGUCCGGGAUGCGUUACCUGGAAACUCUCAACUUCGUACAUCGGGACCUCGCUACGAGAAAUUGCAUCGUGGGGAAGGCUUACCACGUGAAAAUCUGCGACUUCGGCACCAACAACGAGCUGUAUGCUGCCGACUAUUAUCCGAUCGACGGAUCGAGGUCGCUGCCCGUUCGGUGGAUGUCCCCAGAGUCCGUGUGCCAGGGCAAAUACACGACUAAGAGCGACGUGUGGUCGUUCGCUGUGACGCUGUGGGAGAUCCUGACGUUGUGCCGGCGGCGGCCAUACGAGUCGUUGUCGGACCAGCAGGUGCUGGAGGCGCUACAGCACUGCUACGGCCUGGAGCGGACCCACUGCCUCGAGGACGCCGGCCUGGAGCUGCUGCCGUGCGCGCCGUGCGGCCCGCGAGACGUCCAGGAGCUGAUGGCCGAGUGUUGGCGCCCCUGCGACUCCGACAGACCCACUUUCCGCGAGAUACAGCUCUUCCUGCAGAGGAAGACGCUGGGGUACGCACCGCUCGGCGCCACCGUGUAGCCGCAGGUCGUGCCAGACGGAAUCACGGAAGCGGUCCAGUAGGGACACUACGCGAUACACACAGUGCCUAGAAAAAAAAGGACUGCUCUCUAAGCGGUGGCAGUUUUAAGCUUCAACACCACGUGUGUUCUUAUUGUGCAUCCUGCAUGACCUGUGAACAUAUCGUCAUGUCGCAGUAUGAAUGUAUAAAAACCUCACGGGAUUCAAGCCGUGUUAGAUCGUUUUAACAUAUAUGCUUGCAACAGUGUUCGUCACUGUCAAUUAACCGUCCCUCUUUUAUGCAACUGUCCUACGAAGUGUUCGUGUUAGUACUUUCCUGUACCUCAAAUGAGCUCACGCAUCUUUAAUUUGGAGAUUAUUUGCUAAGUCUCUCAGGACAGCCAAUACUGUUAAGUUACCUCAGAAACUGUGUGCAUAAUGGGACACAGCAGACGUCAUCGGGCAUACGAAAUCGCUUUGCAGUGGUUGUAUAAACAUGUUAUUUUCAUUUACAAGUACUAUAAAAUGUGGAAGAUCAUAAGGAGGAUGUUCACUACCGGAAUGUAUACAAAUAGUGACACCAUUUCGUGAAUUGUUGAAGAAGAAUAUUAAUUUGAGGGAUGAAAUGGACUGAAAUAACGUGCCCUGUAAUAGCAGUCUUUAGCAAUCGACGAAUUACUGGUAGCUGAAAUUAUAAAUUUCAUCGAGUGCUGCUAAUGGUACUGAGCUACAACGUGUUCUGUAAUCGAACUUAUCUAAUCAUUAUGCUUUUUCUAAUACAUUUGUGUUGGAAGUGCUUCGUAAUUUCAGAAGAGUGAAGUGUUGCAUUUGCAAAGGAUGUUGGCGGAACGUGAUUUAAUUUCGAUUCUGUAAUCGCAUCGAAUGAUGUUCUUGCGCGAAGCAAAUGUUUUGUAUAAUUUGUGACAUCCAUACCAUGACAGUGUAACUUUAAGAAAUCUUUUAUAUAGAUAUUUACAAAUUUGCAGCACACAGUUAGAUAUUUACCCUAAGUGUAAUUUGCGAAAUAUCUGCUUUCAUAGAAGAGCCUAUCAGAAUACACACAAAGCACAAUUUUCAGAAAUAUAAGACUGAAUAAUUAGCUGCAAACAAUAACCUUAUUGUAUUCUUUACUACACUGACUAAUGUUUUCUCAGUAUCCUGAAAAACUUUUAGUCAUGAAUAUAUGAUACACCAAAACUCUUUGUCAUCUGCUUCAUCACUAUGGAUUCACUAAAGAUCUAAUAGAGAAAUGACAGUUGAAAUAAUUCAUUUUGGGUAAGAAUUAAUUCAGUGCAAUUGUUAAACAGAAAAUCAUGAAACAUUUUUAUUCACUUAUUUUGAAUUGUUCAUGGAAUUUUGAUGAUUAUUCAUUACAGCUAUUACCAUCUUUAGAGAGGAUUAAUAAUCUUUGCACUGGUUACAAGGUUCCCUUUAUGUGUAACACAUCAUUACAAGCAUAAUAUAGAACACCAUUAAAAAAUUUAAAUAACUAAGAACAUGAAACAUCCUAAUGUACAACAGUGACUAUUGUGGAUCUAUCUUUUUAUUCUAACUACAUAAAUUUAUAACCAGAUCACUUCAAGUCGAAUUUCAAUUUUGGACAAAGAACUCUUGAUGUGUAUAUUACAUUUUACCACAUCCUAAAUACAACUUGCUUUAUGGAGCACAAUGCAAGUCCUUCCUCUAAAAGAGAAAUCAUAAAACUGAAGACAUCAUACAUCUUCCAGCAGAUAUUUAUGAAUAAAAUAUUUUAUGCCUUAUAAAAUUUAAAAAUUGCAAAUUUAAAAUAUUUUAAAUGUUAAAUCCUGUUUUUAAAGAUGCUGAUAGAAGCUAUUUAUUGUAUUUUGUAUUAAAGUGUAUAUAUUUGUAACUUAUGUGUAUAGUAAUAAAGGUAAUAUUUUCAUCA